AUGAGUAAUGUACGGGUACUAUGUGUGGCGGAGAAGCCUACAAUAGCACGUCAGGUAUCCGGAGUGCUUAGUGGAGGCAGUUUCCGUACACGGAAUGGGAAAUCAAAGUAUAAUAAGAACUUUGAAUUCACCUAUAACUUUGGUCAAUGGGGUUAUGCGCAAGUGGUGAUGACCUCAGUUUCAGGUCAUUUGUUACUGAUAGACUUCCCUAGUAACUAUGGAUGGGAUAAGGUAACUCCGGGAAGACUAUUUGAAGCUCCUAUCACCGAGGUUGUCCCCAAUGAUAAGAAGGACAUAUACAAUAACAUCAAACAAGAAGCGCGUUUCGCCACCAUACUCAUGAUCUGGACAGAUUGUGAUAGAGAAGGUGAAUACAUUGGGUGGGAGAUAGUUAAAGCUGCUCAAGAGGGUAACCCCCGGAUCCAAAUCGAGACGUCAGUUUUCCGAAGUCAAUUUAGUCAUUUGGAACGGAACCAUGUCAUUCAUGCGGCUAAUAACCCCAUCAGUUUGAAUAUGAAAGCUGUUGAUGCUGUUGCAUGUAGACAAGAAAUUGACCUUCGAGUAGGUCUGAGUUUCACAAGACUACUUUCACGGUCAUUGGGAAGCUCUCGAGUCAUUGAACCCAAAACGUUGAUAUCUUAUGGUACAUGUCAAUUUCCUACAUUGGGGUUUAUAGUCGAUAGGUAUAAACGUGUCAAGAGUUUUGUUCCUGAGCAGUUUUGGUAUAUCAAAGUUACUUUGAAGAAAAAUGAUCAAAUGGCCGAUUUUCAUUGGACAAGAGGUAAUAUAUUUGACCGAUUGUUCCCGACUUUGGUGUAUAGUGACCUUUUAGCUCGAUUUCCCCAAGGUGGUAAGGUCCAAAUGUCUCAUCCCCGACCAACUUCCAAAUGGAAACCUUUGCCAUUGACAACUGUCAUAUUGCAAAAGGACUGUUCCGUCUACUUUAAGAUGAGUGCAAAGGCAACGUUAGAUGCUGCAGAAAAGUUAUACCAAAGUGGUUGGCUACUGUAUCCUAGAACGGAAACAGAUGUAUUCCCUGAUGCCAUGGAUUUGCACAGCUUAAUUCAAAAUCAAACUCAAUCACCUAUUUGGGGUUCUUAUGCUCUGGAGUUAUUGAAUGAUGGUAAGUUUGACCGCCCUAGAGCAGGUAAAAACAAUGAUCAAGCUCAUCCUCCUAUUCAUCCAGUGGUGUUUGUUUCCACUGAUGUUCUACGAGAUUCUAACCAAAGGAAUGUUUACGAAUACGUGGUUAGAAGGUUCCUUGCUUCGUGUUCUCGAGAUGCUAAAGGUGAACAAACAAAGGCUACUUUUGAAUGGGGUCAUGAGAAGUUUGUGGCAGAGGGGGUCAUGGUGAAGGAACUCAAUUAUUUGGAGGUUUACAAGUAUCAAAAAUGGGAGUCUUCCAAACAAUUACCCCAAUUUGAGAAUGGAGAAUUGAUCAAACCUUUCAAACAUGGAAUCUUUGAAGGCAAAACAUCCCCGCCUCAGUACAUGACUGAAGCCGAGUUGAUUCUAUUAAUGGAUGCUAAUGGGAUUGGAACGGACGCUACUAUUGCAGAGCACAUUACAAAAAUAAUUGACCGACAGUACGUCUCAAAGACAAAAGUUGGAAGAGGUGGACCUGAAGUACUUGUACCUUCAUGGCUAGGAAUGGGACUAAUUGAUGGAUUUGAUAGCAUGGAAUUUGAUGAUAUUUCACUUAGUAAGCCAUUCCUUCGAAAAGAUCUAGAGGUCAACCUAUCCAUGAUUGUUUCUGGUUCUAAGACUAAACAGGAUGUUCUAACAGAAUUCGUCACCCUCUACAAAAGAGCCUACGCUACUACAAAUUCGAAACUCCCUUUACUAAAUGAUUCGUGUCGUCGUUGUCGAGAUCUUACCACCACACAAGCUAGCACUACAACUCCAGCCAUGUAA